GCGCGACCAGCCGCUCGCUUGAGUCACGUAAGGCUCUUCCCGGCUCUGUCCUUUGGGACACGAUAACAGCACCGGAGUUCAGCUCGGCGCAGGACUUCAGAUAUUUUCAUCUCACUGCGUGUAGAGCCUACCGGACAGGGUUCCUUGUACAGGAUUUGAGCGGGCCUGCACUUUCAUCGUGCAGACUACCUCGCGGCUUCCCCAGCUGCGCAUCGCGAUUUACCUUCCCGAAACUGGCGAACCAUGCAGAUUACCGAGAGAUAGGAGACGAUGUCUAGCGUCACGCACCCGGAUACGCAUGAGAGCGCCCAGCGUCGGGAGCGCGCUGCUAUAGCCGCGCAGGCAUGCCAGACGUGUCGAACAAGGAAAAGCAAAUGUGAUGAGGCGCGACCUAAGUGUGGGUUAUGCCAGCGGCUGGAUGUCGAGUGCGAGUAUCGAGAGCCAUUGCCGACGAAAAAGGACAAGACCAUGGUGCACAUUCUGGACACGCUUACCCGGCUUGAGACUAAAUUCGACAACAUAGCCAUCACCCAGAACAACGGCCUUUCGGAGAUUAAGGCGGGCCGUACGCCCGUGAGCAGUGCUCCACCGUAUCCGUCAGCAACGCAAGGGCUACAAGAAGAUAUGCCCCAGAAGAGCGAAUUUCUACACGGAGAGCAAGGUCCGUACCAACACCUGACCGUCCCGCAUAAGAUCACGCUCUGGCCCGCCAUCUACAUCCAUCUCAUCAAUUCUAGGGUAGCUGCUGCCGAUGAUCUACAAUAUGUCUUACAGGAGGGUACGCCUUGGUUCAUCAAGAGAGAGCUGCAGAAGCACCCAACCCCCUUAUGUUCUGACGUAGGCCUGCCGUGCUUCAGCAUAACCACCGGACAGGCAGAGCCCGUCCGUACGGGGAGUGUGGCCUUCCCAACUCUGUCCAUACAACAAAUACAGGAGUACUCCGACGCAUACUUUAACACAUUUAAUGUGCUCUACCCUCUGUUGAAUCGAGACGGCUUCAUGAACGGCAUUGUUGCAAGGCUGCUUAGGGAGGGCUACGGCGACGACGAUGCUGGAAGUGUGCUCGCACUGCUCGUCUUUGCGCUGGGUCAGGUUGCUGUCGAGGGUGUCUUUGAUCGACCAAUCAGUGUUAUGUCCGGGCAACCUAGCGGCUUCCGUGGGGGCACUAUUGAUCAACCGCCCGGUCUCCCCCUCUUCAACGAAGCCCGGAGAAGACUUGGCUUUAUUGGAACUCAAUGCACUCUUGAGAAUGUUCAGAUACUGCUACUGCAAGCGACGUACUACGGCUCUACAGCACGCCAUCUGGACUUUUGGCGAUCGACCGUCUCCGCAUCAAUGGGGUGCCAGAUCCUCAUUCGCUGCCAUGCCAUCGAUUGGACGACGCCUCACGGCGACCUCGUCAAACGUGCAUACUGGACGUGUGUUCUCAGCGAAGACAUGUACCAUCUCGAUCUCGACCUUCCACGAACCGGCAUCCAUGCUUUCGAAGACGAGGUACCACUGCCAUACUUCCAGGACGUACAAGACCCCGCCUCAGCGAUAGGCUCGCCCAUGUCAGCCCGGACCCCUACCAACUUCGGCUUUCAAGAAAGCAGCCACUUCCAAUACCACUUCCUCGCCAUGAUCGCUCUGCGCCGCCUGAUAACGCGAAUACAUGACGUGAUACACGAAUGUGAGCAUGCCAUGCAAACCGAGCCGCUGUGGGGGGUGCAGAAGCCUUCCGGAGGUGACGGCGGCGGCAGCACUUACCAGAGACAUGCCGGUGCCGGCGGCGAGAGAAACAUGCAGGGUAGAUUCAACUCUACAGCGUCCUCACUCCCAGUCGAGUUACCCGCGGGCUUUGGUGGGCCUCCCGUCGCUGUCAUUCAUGAGAUGGUGCGGCAGUUGGACAGCUGGCGCGCUCUACUACCCCGGCCACUGCAAUGGAACGACAGCGACCGUUUAGAGUUCCCUCAUGCGGACCCAACGAACAGGCGGCCAAACGAGCCGCUUUUUACCGCUGACCAGGGACCGAUACCCAUAGGACACAAGUAUAACCUUGACGUUAUCACGGCUCAGCUACGGACGCGCUUCUACUACGCACGGUUCAUGAUGUAUCGGCCGUUUAUCUACAAAGCACUGCAUUUUCCGGAGUUGAUGACGCACGAGGACAAUAAUUGCUGCGCGUUAGCUAUCAAGUCGGUUUGCCUGUGGCCACUCGCGAUGGCGCCGCCGAAGAACAAGAAGAGACUAGUCUCGCACCUGUUUGCGUGGACACAGAACUUCAUGGGCAUUCUGCUGAUACUUAAGAUGUGCUCGGUUAAUGGUCAUCUUCGCAGGAUAGUAGAUGAGGGUCGUGUGGUAGGUCGGCGGGAGGUGGACCAGACUAUAGCGCUCAUGCUGGAGUGGGUAAGGGAUGUCAAGCAGAUGGAUGGCAUUGCGGAAUGGAGCUGGAGCAUAUUGGCGCCUCUUUACAACGUGCGGCCAGACUGACGGAAUGUCUGAUUUGAGUGUGGCCGGGGCGUCAGGCGUCUCAGUGCCGCAGUUCUCUCAAGGAGGCAGUCAAUCUUCACCAUGAUGUCGGUGUUGGCGUUGCGGCGUAAAGAGGCCAAGUGACGCAGACGGAACGGAAAGUCUGAGGCUGAUCUUCAGGUACCGUUUGAAGCGUAGUUAAUGCAUCAUUAACGGUGACCGUUUCGCUUAACCUCUUGU